AUGGCAUCCUCCAAAUACAAGCUGAAUCCAGCAGCAGAUCGUGAGAUAGAAGUAGCGCGGGGAAUACCGCCCCUUCCAGCCCGUGGGGCAGAUCUUCGUCGGGGUAUUGAACGACGUGAAGACGGAAACGGAAUACGACGAAAAGUUUCCGGGUCGCAACCGGCCGGGUGGCGCUCCAUCCUUCUUGCAGAGACGGCUGGCUUAAGAUUCGAUAGCUUAGCACAGGAAAAGCAGUUGCGACACCUCAGUGUUACCAAAAUCCAUGGCGCCUCGGGCUUGAAUGGUCACACCACUUGCGAAAAGCGAGCUAAAUUUUUUGAGAUAAUUUAA